AUGCCCGGCGUUCCUUUCAUCGGCCGUCUAAGUCCAUGGGAGUACGUUGCCCUUGUCGGCUCUCUAUUUCUUAUCGGCCUUGAGAGCUUCCUCCGAGUCGUUACCCUCGCUCUGCCCGGUUCCAUCAUCCGCCUCCUUUACCGCGCAUCUCAGACGUCCUUUAACUACCUGUCGUCGGCAGAAGGGCGAAGGUCUCGAAACAGGAAGAGGAACAUUGUAGCCUCCAUAGCCCAGGCUUCAGACUUCACCGAGCUGUGCGAGAUCUACGGUUACUAUGCGGAAGAGCAUAUAGUGCAGACCGGCGACGGCUAUCUACUUGGGCUGCACAGGCUAGGAUGGAAGCACGGUGAAGAAGAUCAGAAGGUGAACAGCGGGAAGAACAGCAUUCGUAAGAAGGUUGCCUACCUACAUCAUGGCCUUAUGAUGAACAGCGAGGUUUGGGCGUGCUUGACGGACGAGGGGAGGUGUUUGCCGUUCCGGCUUGUCGAGGCAGGGUACGACGUCUGGCUGGGCAACAAUCGCGGAAACAAAUACUCGAAGAAGUCCGUGAGACAUGCGCCUACAGAGUCCAAGUUCUGGAACUUCUCAAUCGACCAGUUCGCCUUUCACGACAUCCCUGACAGCAUCGACUACAUCCUGUCCACCACCGGCCAGCCCUCUCUGUCAUACAUAGGUUUCUCACAAGGUACAGCCCAGGCAUUCGCCACGCUGUCGAUCCACCCCAAUCUCAACGGCAAAGUAGACGUCUUUAUCGCCCUUGCGCCCGCAAUGUCACCGCCGGGCAACACGACCAUCGUCGGCUCUUUCGUCAAAGCCUCACCCAACAUUCUCUUCCUUGCGUUCGGCCGCCGUGCCAUUCUAAGCUCGGCAACAAUGUGGCAAGCUCUGCUCUAUCCGCCCAUCUUCGUCCGCAUCAUAGACCUCUGCCUCUCCUUCCUCUUCGGCUGGACCGUGCAGAACAUAUCCGCACACCAAAAGCUCGCCGCAUAUCCCCACCUCUACUCCUUCACCAGUACCAAGUCAGUAGUGCACUGGUUCCAGAUCAUCCGCAACGGCAUCUUCCAGAUGUACGACGACGAGGUGCAGGCGCCGCUCAGCGUCGCCAACGGCUCAAAGUACUACAAGGUGGCCAAGUUCCCGACCCGCAACAUCAAGACGCCCAUUGUGCUCGUGUACGGCGGCAGCGACAGUCUCGUUGACAUCAACGUCAUGCUGAAGGAGCUCCCUAGACACACCGUCGUCAAGGAAAUCCCCAAGUAUGAGCACCUCGACUUCCUUUGGGCCUCGGAUGUCGAUGCCCUCGUCUUCCCUCAUGUCUUCGACGCGCUGAACCGGCACGCGGGGAAAGGCAAAGACGGCGCUGGGAGCAGUGCUAGCACCCAGCGGCCCUGGACGCCAGAGCGCAUACCCACGCACCUGGCCACCUUCUCCGACGACGAAGGUGCGCAACGCUCAACGCCGGAUUCCUCUAAGAAAAUCUCCGAGAACAUUCCACCAGGCCAGCAGCAGCAGCAGCAGCAGCAGCAGCUCAGCGUCGACGCAUCGCCACCACAGCCCAGCCCUCCACCAGCCGACCAUGCCUCGGCGGGCGCACAGCCUUCCCCGUCGCUCCGCCCCUCGACCCCCCAGCGACAGCCAAAGCAUCCCCGCUUCUCCUCCCCAUCCACACCCCUCUCCCCCGCAGCCUCAGCCCACCCCUCCGUGUCCCAAGCCGCAACGGACAAAACCUCGGCUUCGCGGCCAGAGGGCUGGUGGUCCUCGGACGAGGUUGGGGGAACUGAGACGUCGACGCCUGCCAGGAGCCCCGUCGAGAGCAGGGGCCAGAGUCCCAGACGGGGAAGUGGAAGUGUGGGGAGCGUGGAUGGACGGAAGAGCUUUGGGGCUAGGGGGAUUGCGUUGGGAGCUGGGAGGGCGGUGGAGGGGGUUGUGGAUAGGGGGUUGGCUUGGGGGAGUGGUGGAGAGGGAGGGGUAGAGGGAGGGGGGAGGAGGAGGGGGAGGAAGAGGAGGGAGUAG